AUUUUAAACCACCGACGAGAAAAAAAAGUAAUCACACGAAGCAAAUGUUACUUUAUUUUCUGUUUUCGUUCUAUUUUAACAACAGAAAGUAUCAGAGGCAACAGUUCGGUUAUAAAUUAUUACUUAUUAAAUAAGCAAUGAAUAUACACAGAACCCUACCGAGGAUAUAUGGAUUAUUGUUCACUCAAGUAAACGCAGCACUUCCUUCUAACUAUUCAGUAAGGCUUCAACACAACAAGGCAGAUGUCAAUGAGCACAGGGCCAAAGUCAUGGCCCGAGGGCUGCCAGAGAAGAAGCCUUUGCCUGGAGUGAAGAAUAUUAUCCUGGUGGCAUCUGGUAAAGGAGGUGUAGGGAAGACUACCACUGCUGUGAAUCUCGCAUGUGCUAUGAAGGUGAUAGAGCCGGACAAGGAGAUAGGGCUGCUGGACGCGGAUGUGUUUGGCCCCUCCGUGCCGCUCAUGAUGAACAUCAGCGGAGAGCCUAUGCUGAAUGACGAUAAUCUCAUUGAACCUCUUCUCAAUUAUGGUGUUAAAUGUAUGUCCAUGGGUCUGUUAGUGUCUGGGGAGAAUGCGGUAGUGUGGCGCGGCCUGAUGGUGAUGCAAGCGCUGGACAGGCUCACUCGCCAUGUGGCGUGGGGCCCUCUUGACUGCCUCGUGGUGGACACGCCCCCUGGCACCGGAGAUACGCAUCUGUCGCUCGCACAAAACCUGCCUAUAGAUGGUGCAAUCGUGGUAACAACUCCACAAUCAGCUGCACUGCAGGUCACCAAGCGAGGCGUUAAUAUGUUUGAGAAGCUCAAAGUUCCUAUCAUUGGCAUGGUCGAGAAUAUGUCGCAUGCGAUAUGCCAUAAAUGCGGUGCCAAAAACUACGUCUUUGGCAACGAAACAAAACAGACUGCUGACCAAAUGGGCUUAGAAAUUAUAGAGAGCUUCGAAGUUGACUCGAAUAUGUCGGAAUGCAUAAACAGUGGCAAGCCAGCUAUUUAUGCGUUACCUGACAGCAUACACGCAGAAAAAUAUAGACAUUUAGCAACUAAAGUGUUCAAGUAUAUAAGUGAUAAAGAGGAGCAAGCGAAAGCCACCAAACAAUAGUAGUUAUACACAAAAUAAGUAGUUGUUGUAAUUUUGUUUAUUUAAAAAUAUUUUACAAAUAAAAUUCUGUUUUUUAAAAUUUUUGUUUCACUCAUACAAAUCAUAGAUUUAGAAAGAAAAGACGUACAGAGCUUGAGUGUAUAGUACAGUGUACAUAAAAAAAAAGUGAAAUCAUACCAUUGUGCUUGUGUAUCAAAACCACUGUUGCAUAGUGUAAACCUAUCUUCACUCUGGGUUGACGCCAAGAUAACGCCAUGAUGCAUCUUUACACUUGUCUAAACCUUGUUGAGUUCCCUCAAUGCAAUUUUACAACCAGCUUAGCAAAUUUUACUUUGUAAAAUUGAUAGCUAAACAUUGUAGUUUGUGUCAUCCACAAGAUUGAGUUUCAUUAAGCAGAACGUAUGACAGUUUUGUUAAUUUUAUUUAGAGUCCAUUUAACUCUUGACGUACAGUAAACUGCUGCCAUCUAUCCUUUACAUUUAGUCUGUUAUAUAAUCUAAACAAGAUCUAGACAUUAUGACUAACAGCAAGCAAUCAAAUAUCAAUUUUCUUCAUACAAGCAGUAAGGUCAACAAUAAAAUAAAAAGAAAUAAAAAAUAUAAAGGUCAUAUUUAUUCAGAACAUAUUUCACUUACGAAUCCAACUACCCUCAAAAGUUACAAUGAAAAUAAAUAAAUAAAAAGUUUAUAAAAAUAUUUUUGUCUUUUAAAAAUAUACUUUGGGGACCAUCCAUAUUUUUACGUCAUACGUAUUUCUCUUUAAAUGACCCCUUGGCUGGGGGACUAGCGCAUUGUGGUAUUCUUAAGUGCCGUAUACUUAAAAACUGUGCUGAUACACAGCAUAACAAUCACCAGUCUGUAAGACCCCGUGUCCAUCUAACCGGGGCAGAAAGAUGUGACCAGUCAUCCGAUCAAAUUUUUAAAGAUGACAUGAUAGUUUUUUACGCUUCCACAUUUUGUACCCUCUUCUUUUAUCGUGUGACAUAAUAAAAUAAAUGGCCCCUCAGUAAAAAUAACUUAUUCACUGAAACAUAGCGAUUUUAUAUUGCAUCAGAUUGAUUUGUCUAAUAUGCCACAAUUCAAAUUACAAGGAUUCAGUCAAUAAGUACAAACAUUCAUUUACACAUAUAGUACGCGACAGGUUGAAAUGGCAAUCGGGGAGGGAUCGCCCCGCGCUAACCCGAUGCGGGCGAGCGCGGGUGACGUGGGGUCCCCCGGCCUCAUACCCCGAUGGCCAUCUCAACCUGUCGCGGAAUACACAUAUUAAUAUUUUUGUGUGUUUAGUAAAUUCGGAAUGAAAUGUAUUCGGUAAAGGUCAGUAUAGAAAUAUGCACUACAUAUAAAAAAGUUAAAUGAAGUAAAUAUUUUUUGUACAAAUCUGUUGACGAAUAUACUAAAACAACACUGUCAGUUUAGUUAACAUACAGUAUCAUAACGCCUUUUAAUUAACUUUUAUUGUAUUUAAACUACUAAAGGUCCUAUACUUUUGUUUCAUUGUCCGAUUAGACAAACUGGGUUAGUUCAAGCCGUUUUACGCAACUGUAUGCUUGCUACACUGUGUUACACACUAAAGAAAAUAUCAUAGUAUAAAAAUAACACAAACAAUUAUGCAAAAUGGACUUUGCAGGUCUUGAUAGGCCGUGACCACAAACAGCCUGGCUAAGUACCUUUAUCUGACAUCCAUUCAUUUAUACUUAUUGCUUGUCUGAAAACAAUUAUAAUUACAUGCAUGUACAAAACUUCUCCAUAAUGUUAUCAAGUGUGCGGAGCCUGCCAAUCCGCACUGGGCCAGCGUAGCGGACUAUCACCUAAAGAACCCUUCUCAUUCUGAGAGUGACUCAUGGUCAUGGUCAAUAGUGGGCCAGCUCAAUAACUUACUAUGAAGGGAAUUUGAUUUGGAUAUCAUCUCAACCCAUCGUCGGUCUACUACUGAGAAUGGACUUUGCUCAGAAUGAGAAGAGUUUAAGUCAUGACAUAAACCACCACACUGAUAAGUGUGGAUUUGAUUGUUCAAAUUAAUUAUUUCCAUUAAAAAUGUCCAUUAAUUGACUGUCUUGAGUGAAAAUAUUGUACUGUUUAUAGUUUUCAAAUUCAAAUUA